AAGCGCUAGAAAAGCCAAGACCCGCAGCGGAGAGAGAGGACAGAGAAGAGCGAAAGUGCACUCCAAACUUUCUCUUUAGUUCUUAUUGGGUCCAAACAGAGAAAGAAGGAAAGAGAAGAGGUGCAGGACUGAGAGGGGGGCAACAUCUCACGUUCUGCUACUCCCCAGGCGCGCGCGCGCGUGUGCGUGACGGAGUGGUGCGCUGCGCUCCUGGUGCGCAAUUUUUCACCAAGAACAAAAAGAGAAAGAUUGUAAAAUUUUAACUUUACUCCCCUCAGCGAUGCAGUUGGAGAGUCUGGUGGCUGCAGGGGCGGGUGGGGGUCCCGUGCCCCUUCCGCUGCCCCUGCCCAAGCCCUUCUACCCCCCUCUCUCUUCCUCGGACAGCGCUGCGUCCGCUUCGGCCAGUCCAGACGAACCGGACACCGGCAAGAAGUACGGCGGGAGCGGCGGAGGAGGAGGCGGCGGGGCCACAGACGGCGAGCAGGGCGCGAGGAGCCCCCCUCCAUCCAGCAACACCACCAGCAACAGCGGCGGCGGCAGCUCCAGCGCAGCGGCGGCGGCGCGCGAGCAGGGCCCAGAGCAGGACGCGGGGCAAGACGUGCUACCCAUAAGGCGCUACGGCGCGGAAGAGCUGCUGUACUUCGGCGCGCAGGAUCCGGUCAGCUGCUCGCUCUUCCCCUACGGCGGCGGUGGCGCGCAGGGGGUCGCCGGGGCCGCCGGUGGCGCGUGCUACGGCGGCUCGAGCGCGCCGUCCCGUUACUCCUCGUCCUCCUCGUCAUCGUCGUCCUCCUCCACGUCAUCAUCCUCGCUCCACUACGGCCCCGUGCCGCUGCCCCCUCACGCGGUCUCCGGCUUCCCAUCUUCCGUGUGCGCGAGCCGAGGCCAGUUCCCGCCGCCACACGCUGCCGCUGCCGCCGCGGCGGCCGCCGGUUACCAGUUCGCGCACGCGCAGGGUCCCGCGUGCCUGUACCCUUCCUACCCUGGGGCUCAGCGGGCGCAGGUGUAUCUCUGCAACAGGCCGCUGUGGCUCAAGUUCCACAGGCACCAGACCGAGAUGAUCAUCACCAAGCAGGGCAGGCGCAUGUUUCCCUUCCUAAGCUUCAACAUCACCGGCCUGAGCCUGACCGCGCACUAUAACGUCUUCGUGGAGAUCGUCCUCGCGGACCCCAACCAUUGGCGCUUCCAAGGGGGCAAAUGGGUGACCUGCGGCAAAGCGGACAACAACAUGCAGGGGAACAAAAUGUAUGUCCACCCUGAAUCUCCAAACACGGGGGCUCACUGGAUGAGGCAGGAGAUCUCCUUUAGCAAGCUGAAACUGACCAACAACAAAGGAGCAAACAACAACAACACCCAGAUGAUCGUCCUGCAGUCCCUCCAUAAGUACCAGCCCAGGCUGCACAUUGUGGAGGUCAGCGAGGAUGGCGUGGAGGACAUGAGCACUGAAGCUAAAACUCAAACCUUCACCUUCCCAGAAAACCAGUUCAUCGCGGUCACCGCUUACCAGAACACAGAUAUCACACAGUUGAAGAUUGACCACAACCCCUUCGCCAAAGGCUUCAGAGAUAAUUAUGAUUCGAUGUACACGGCUCCUGAGAGUGACCGGCUGACCCCGUCCCCCACCGACUCCCCUCGUUCCCACCAGAUCGUUCCAGGCGCUCGCUAUGCCAUGCAGCCAUUCUUCCAGGACCAGUUCGUCAACAACCUGCCGCAGAACCACCGCCUGUACGGGGGCGAGCGGGCCGUCCCUCAGACCAAUGGCCUCCUCUCCCCACAGGCCGAUGACUCUGCCGCCUCUUCUGCUGCAGGCCGCUGGUUCGUCCAGCAGGGUGGCGCUUCAGCCAAGCUUGACCUGACCUAUGACACCGACUACUCUGCCUCCAGCCUGCUGCCCUAUGGAAUCAAACCCCUGCCUCUCCAAAGCCCCCACGCCCUGGGCUACUACCCAGACUCCUUUGCUUCCAUGGCAGCGGCCGGCUGGGGCACCAGCCGGAGCUCCAGCUACCAACGGAAGAUGACCACUGGCCUGCCCUGGUCUCCCAGGCCCAGCCCACCGGCCUUCGUGGACGACCCGCUGGCUGCUAAAGAUAAGCUACAGGACGAGGGGUCUGCGGGCACCAGCGGAGCAUGGGGGCUCGAGACGACCCCAGGGCUGAAGCCUGUGGACUCGAGCGACUACGCCAUGGUGUGUAAAAGACGCCGCCUGUCGCCCGGAGGGUCCAGCACGGACGCAUCUCCGACUAUAAAGUGCGAGGACCUGAGUGCUGAGGAAUACAGCAAAGAGCAUCCUAAAGGCCUGGGCUACUACGCCUUCUACACCAGCCCUUAAACUAAACGCCAUCCUGAUGCAUUAAUAUUCUCUCUCUUUCUCUCUUUCUAUCUGUCUCUCUCGCCCCUCUCUCUCUGUUAUUUUAAAGUGCUUUGCCAAGAUUAAAUUUACUUUUGUUUAUCUUUUUAUUUUUAAAAUAUCUUUUUAACUGCAGGUGCCAAAGCUAUGUGCUCCUACUUGGUGUUGAUGAUUCAGUUCUGUGAAAGAUGGGAGAGGUUUUUUCUUUUUUUGUGGGGAGGGGGGGUUCUUUUAUCUUUUUAAAAGCAUUCAGCUGAUUUUAAUCUUUUUUUUAAAUAUAUAUUAUAUAUAUCAAAAAAUCAAUGUGAAUUUUUUUCCUCCCCUUUAAUUUAAGAUCCCCUGGUUGUACAGUAUUUGUGCACUUUAGAUUGUGAUGUAUCUUGUAUAAAAUUGUCUACAUGGCACUGGUAUGAGAUGUGUAAUAAAAUGUGCUUUUCAUAAACCUUUU